AUGUAUAACAUGAUUCAAAACGGUAUUAAUAAAUCAUAUAGUCAUCAACGACGUCAUGAACAUCUUCUUCCUCUUCUUCUUCUUUUUUCUCAUCUUCUUCGUCUUCUUCAGGUACGUGUAUUCAACGCAUUCGACGAUUCACAACCACGUCUUCUGGCAACGUCUUCUUCCGGCCAAGUUCUUCUGGAUACUUCUAUACCGAUGGGAGAGAAGAUUCAUAAAGUCAGCGACUUUUUUGUCUAUCUGAAGGCCGACGGAAGGACGAUUGGAUUCAAUACUUUGAGUUUUAAAGACACAUCUUUACUCAUUUCACAGUCAACGAAUACAUCUGCAUUCAAUAUGUUUCAACAUUCAUUUUCUGCUUCUGUAUCCAGAAUUGCCACUUUCGAGGGAGACUCAAUUCAACCAUGUGAUGAACAACCAGAAACUUCAAAUGUAUCAUUAAACCCAUUAAGCAUGGUUUUCAACUACAAAGGGUCCCCAGUAACAAUUGAUUUGUUAGAGUGCUUUGCUUGUUCAUCAGAAGCCGAGAAUUGUGUAGAUAUUGCCCAUGCAAACAACAUAUUCCGAGUUAUUGUGUCAGCUCAUGCUCAUCUAUUUCUGAUUCAAGCCCUCAAUGUAUCAUCUCUACUUUUGGCUAGAACAACAUCACAUUUGGUUGCAAUUAGCUAUUUGGCAAGACAGAAUGAAAAGAUUCAACAGAAAUUGAUAUCCCUUCUGGAAACAUCGGAAUCAAGUGACACCGCUUCAAGAGAAGAUAUUCGACAAAUGCUUCUUCUCAAGAAUGUCGUCGUCACUCAAAGAUUGAAUUCAUUACAACAAAUACCAUUGCCUGGAAUAGAGCUUAUUCAACACGAUAUCUCACCUCAAAUCGACCAGAAACUACUCAAAAAUUGUCGGCUCGCCUCGCUGUUUUUGUAUCAUUUCAAUAUGAAUUCGUUUCGAAUAUGGCGAAAACCAAUGGAAAUUCGAGACAUGAACACAAUGAAUACCUCAAUGGCAGCUACAUCAACUAGCCAACAGUAUCAUCAAAUUCCGAUUCAAAUACAGAAUCAGAACAUAAAUACAAUUAGUUCUUCUUAUCAAUCACACCCAUCACAACAACAACAACAACAACAUCCAGUUGAUCACGUUACAACUCACAACGGUACAACUACAUUUCAUUCAACGAUUCCCCUGAAACCAAGACUAUGUGAAGGGUCGUUGGCUCCUGGAUGUUCAUUGGCUGAAGCAUCUGAACAGAGGAAACGAGAAAUGGCGGAGCAAAAGAAAGAGUUGGCAGGAACUUCUUCGGCAGAGGAUUAUUUCGUCAGAAAGACAAAUGGACGGCUCGGACUCACUAUAUACGCUCACAAUGAUGAUGGGGUCAUCAGGGCGGAGGUUCGUGGUGUGACUUCAUUUGCUCCCCGUUGUGCCCAGGUUGGAGAUUCAGUGGUUGCAGUUGAUAGUGAACUCAUAUCAUCCGUAAGAAAUGCAUCUGAUGUUGAGAAACUGCUUCGAAUAGGAAAAGUCAUACAUCUCCGACGGAAAACACCUUUACCACCAAAAGCGCCUGCUCAACUUGAUGCGACAAAUGUCAAUAAGAAAACGGGCUGUGCAAAGUUAGCGAUGGCUUUACAAGAAUUAUUGGUCACUGAGAAGAAGUAUGUCAAUGAUCUGAGAGAGAUGAAUGAUGUGUUUCUUUGUAUGAGACAAGUCAGAGAUAUCAUGCAUGCAGCUAUCAGAUUGUAUAAAAUGCAGACUUCAUUUGUUGACAGUAUUGAAGAAGCAAUUGGAGAUAUGAGUAGACAGGAUAUUUCAGUUGCACAAAUAAGGGACUCUGUCAUGCGAGUCUGUGCAGUCUUCAUAAAUAAAUGCGCAGAUUUCAAAAUCUACGCAGAAUAUGCAGCUGGAUACCACCUUCUUCAACAUGAAAUCAAGAGUAAAAAAGAGCUUUUGUCAAAAUUAGAAGCAGUUAAUAGUACGAGAGAGCAGCAUUGUUCUUGGGAAUCUCGAAUGAUUAAACCAGUCCAAAGAAUCGUUCAGUACCCUCUUCUACUGAAAAAUAUUGCCGAUGCCCUUCCAAAAGAUGCGAGAGAACGAAUUCAAGUGGAGACGGCGUUGCAAAAAAUGCAGACUUCGGCUGAAUACGUGAAUGAAAUGCAGAGACUUCAUGAAGAUUAUGCACAAUAUAUGGAGACUGUCAGGAAGGCGAAUGAGAAUAUGUUGACUGAAAAGGGACUUCGUUUGGAUAAUCGUGAACUUCUAGUCUUUGCUCAUAUCAAAUGGAGAGAUGCUCCAGCUGAACACUACGUGGUUUUCGUUUUCCAUUCACUCAUUCUUCUUCUUCCAUCUUAUGCCAGAAAAGAGAUCAAGAUGAAAUGGACUCGCGUCCUUCCGAUAAAUGAGAUAGAUAUCAAUGAAAUGCCGAAUGACACUUUGAAUCUGAAGCUAUAUCAUGCUGCGUUCGAAGGGCCUAAUGGACAAUUGAGUCAUUCAAAUCCAAACACCGUCUAUAAUAUCGAGUGUUGUCAAUCCCAAUUAAAGCAACAUUUAAUCAAAAAUAUCAAAAAAGCGAGAGCUAUUUUCUCAAGGGAAUCUCAUCGUCCGUUGAGUGGAUCAAGCCAAUCUGAUGGUGGAUAUGUAUCUGAAGUCUCGAAAGAUCAUAGAAAUUCUAAAUAA